UUCAAAUCUCUGUCUCUGUCCUCUUAGGAUCCUGCCGCUCUUCGGCAUCAACAUCAUCACAAGAUGGCCUCUGAUGGGAGCAGUUCUACCGACGCAAGACCGACUCGCCUUCCGAGUGAGGAACGGAGGGGAGCCGCCUACGCCCGGGCUGUCGAACCGGACCGUGGAAUACCUGCGCACGUAGGAGGAGAGAAACAGUUGCACAGUGCCACAGGUUACAACUUGGUGAUAGAUUCUAAAGGUAGCAUCUACGGAACACGCGAACCCUAUAAUCAGGAAGCUGUCAUGGAGCUUUCCUCAAGAGCUGCAGGAGAAGUCCAGAUUAAAGGCAAAAGUUCAAAGUUUUACCUUGCAAUGAAUGAGAAAGGAAAAAUAUAUGCAGAAAGAGAUCAAAAUUCUGAAAAUACUUGGUUUAGAGAGUUAUAUAAUGAAGGCUGGAAUAAUUAUCUUUGGCUUGGUAACAAUAAAGACUGGUAUUUAGGUAUAAAAAAGUCAGGCAAAAUGAAGCGAGGCCAUCGGACAGAGAAAACACAAAAUGCUGUGAAGUUUGUGCCAAGGCCUGCUUCCCCAUCAUAUAACUGAAAAUAUAAAUAUAUUAUGAUGGUUAUCUUCUUUAUAUUGUGUACUUUCAAAGAUGUAUAAAUUAUUGUUUUAAGUUCCCGUACGUUUAGGAAAUAGAUUUACCUAAAGUUGGGUAUUGUGUAUUUAUGAUAUUGUUUCAAUGUAUGUUAAUUUUUAUAUUGAUGUUUUCUCCAUUAAAUUAUCAUAUUCAUCAUUAAUAUAUUCAUUGUUGAAUGAAGUAUUAGUUAUCACGUAUUGUUUCCUAAAAUGACCAUCAUUGUUCUAAAAUGUAAAGCUUUUUCAGCUGCAUUUUCCCCAUAGUCUUAGAUGCAGCUCUAAAUGUUGAUUCUACUAUAUACAAGUUUUAAUUAUGUUCAUGUAACGUUUUUCAUCACAAUCAAAAUAAUUUUUUAAAAAAUUAUUAUUUAUGAUGGGGACCAAUUACGUUUCUCAGGAUUUACUGCCUGUGUUGCUUUUAUGGGUUCAAGUAAAGAAUAACAGAAAUCUGCCCUUUUCUAGCCAUUAAUUAUGAUUUUUGCUCUUUAUAAUAUUUUAUUUAAAGGGAUAUAGCUCCAGAAGCAUCCUGUUACGAAAUUUCAUUUAUUGAAUAAGAAUUUGGAGAUUUUUAAGUUGCUACGGAGCAAUUUUAAAAAAUAGCUAACAAAAAUACAUCGGAUGUAUUUCCGAUUUCCCUUCCAUGUUUGAACAAGUUGAAAAUAGCUGAUAAAUUAUUUGUUCGGUGCUACUUUGGUAGACGGUGUCACGAAUUUUUGGCGAUUUACAUUGGCGCGGUUUUUACAAUCGUCAGCCUUCUUGAAAAACGCUGUUUUUACGUAGUUUACGCAUAGUAAAGUA